UUUUUCUUGAAAUAUUUAGGCUAGUAUAUAAAUGUUGCGGGUGAAACAAAUCUAUUUAUAUUGGUAACUCAUCGUAAAUAUCAAUGCAUCUGGAGUACUCUACGUCUAAUAAGAAGUUAUAACCUAGGAUGGCGACGGGUCUACGAGUUAUUCGAGGACGUGAUUGGCUGUCGGGUGACGUCGAUGGGGGUGAAGGUCAUCUUGGAACGGUGGUGUCAUACGGGAAAGAUGAAACAGCUGAAGUGAUCUGGGACAAUGGGAAACAAACUGUGUCGAGCAUUGGGAAGGACGGCAAAUACGAACUGAGGCUUGUAGAUAAUGCUCCUGUAGGAGUUUGCCAUCAGACUGUCACUUGUGGCGGCUGUGGAGAGAUCGGGGUGAUUGGAAUACAAUGGUCGUGUGGCCAAUGUACCAGCUUUCAUUUGUGUUCUUUGUGCUACGUCACGGGAAAGCAUGACCUCUCUCACAACUUUGUGCGUCAUGACAAGCCCACAUCUACAGGAGAGCGCGUGCCUGCACGGGAUACCUCGAAGAAGAUUCGAACUAGAGGACUGUUUCCUGGCGCCGUAGUUACUCGUGGCACUCACUGGGAUCAGGGUGAUAACGAUGGUGGUCCAGGCAAGGAAGGGACUGUAGUUGUUAUACAAAGCUUUGAUUCUACGUCACACAGAUCGGUUGUGAAUAUAGCGUGGGAUUCAGGGGAGACAACCAUGUGUCGUGUGGGUCACAAAGGUCAGGUGGACAUCCAUUGUGUCCGUGAAGCUCUUGGACCAGAUAUCUACGCUGAACAUCUGCCACUUUUAGACACUGCUAAUGCGGUAGCUCCAAUACACUUGAAGCCUCUGGCAGAAGGUGGAAGCCUCCAAGAAGACAGAGCCAACUCUGGAAAGGACGAGGAAUCUGGCAAAGAAUCCAAGAAAGGCGGCAGUGAGGGUUCGUCACACAAAGCUAAGGUUCCUAAACCGAAGGCUGGUAGCGUUGUGAGGAUUCUUGAUGACAAGGCCAAGGUCAAAGACUUGCAGGAAGGUCACGGGGGAUGGAAUGACACAAUGGAAAAGGCUCUCGGUAAAGUGGGCAAGGUGUUAAUAAUACAUCCCACGGGAGAUGUACUUGUUAGGUUUGGAUUAAACAUGUGGACAUUCAACCCAGUUUGCUGUCUACCGGCCUCCGAGUCAGAGCUGCCGUCAGACACAGAUGUACUGGGAUUGGAAGACCUUCUGUCACCCGACGACUUCCUUAAAAAUAUGAGACAGCAAUUGGCGGCAGGGAUAGGUUUACCAGAUGGUCUUCUUCAAACAGAGAUAAAAAUACACACAGCGUCCUUGAAAGGCGAGGGGGCAAAGGAAUUCUUAGAGGCAAUUAAAGAUUCAGAUGUGGAGAAAGUUAAGAAGGUUUUUGAGAAAUUUCCGAAACUAGCAAAUGGUCCAAUAGAGAAUGGCAUCACAUGUCUGCACAUAGCUGCUAAUGAAGGGAAGCUGGAGAUUGUUAAGUUUCUCAUGGAAAAGGAGUUUGACAAGAAUGCUAAAGACGCAUUGGGAAGUACGCCUCUCCUAAACGCGCUAGACAGCAAGCACAUAGAUGUUGCUCGCUUCCUAAUUGAAGCUGGUACUGAUUUAGAUAUCUGCAACGACAGUGGUCAGACUGCAAUACACUGCGCUGUGGGUGCCGGAGAAGCAUCUAUCGUUCGUGAUCUGAUCAUGCGAGGCUGUGACGUCAAUGUUAUGGACAACUCUGGCGACACUGCACUACAUGAUGCAAUAGCACAACAUGAGACCAGCUGUGCAGAAAUGAUUCUGACUUCGCCAAUUCUCGACUUAACUAUUGAAAAUGAAAAAGGAUUUAACCCUCUCCAUUGGGCUGCGUUUCAUGGCAAAUCUAGCAGUACACUGGUUGAGAAAAUCUUACAGAGAAACAAGAGUCUCGUUAAUGUCCGAAUGGAAGACGGACCCACUCCUCUCCAUAUUGCAGCGAUAAACGAUCACACAGAAACAGCACAGAUACUUAUAAAACAGGGAGCAGAUGUGAAUGUCAAGGACAAGAACAAAGAAGCAAGUCCCUUGCAUCUCGCUUGCAUACAUGCCUAUUUGGGUGCAGCUAAAAUCCUCGUGGCCGCAGGUAAAUAUUGA